AUGGCUAUGUUUAAUUUGGCUGGCGAAGUCCCAAGGAUGGACUGGAAUUCCGAAGACUUGGAAACGGAAUGGAAAACAUUCAAGCAGCACGUGGAGUUCAUGUUGACUGGACCACUAAAAGGUAAAAGCGAACUUGAAAAAUGUAGUUACCUGAUGAUAUGGCUUGGAGAGAAAGGUCGAAGUAUCUAUUCAACGUGGAACCUAUCAGAUAAUGAUGCAAAAAAGUUAACCUCGUACUACACAAACUUUGAGGCAUAUGUAAAGCCCAGGUCAAACGUAAUAUAUAACAGAUAUAAAUUUCAAACAAGAAUGCAAGGCAAUGACGAGCCCUUUGAACAAUUUAUGACAGAUAUACAGAUUAAAGUGAAAGACUGUCAAUAUACCAAUGAAAUGCGAGAAGAAAUGAUGAGAGAUAGAAUUGUGAUAGGAAUCAGAAACCCCACAAUUCGCGAGAAAUUGAUCAACAUAGGAUCUGAUUUGACAUUAGCCAAGGCUAUAGAUGUUGUGAGAACAUACCAAGUAUCACACAAUCAAGCUAAAACUAUGGCGUGUGUUAGCUCUACAACUGAAGUCAACGCCAUACAAGGAAAGAACUUUGGAAGUAAACAAAAUAAAAGAGGCAAUGGCAAUACAACACAUGUUCAGCCCUCGCGUAAAAACACUCGCACACCUUCAGAGCAAGAGUCGAAAUGUUCAAGAUGUGGUUAUGUCAUGAGGUCGACACCACAUAAAUGCCCAGCAAAAGGAAAAACGUGCAACAAGUGUAAAGGGAAAGAUCAUUUCUCUUGUAUGUGUAGAACUAAAUUGAAAAAAGUACACGCUGUCGAGGUAGCCGCAGUCUAUUAUGACACGGACAACAGUGAGGCAUCAUCAGACGAACUCUUGGUCGGACACAUUGAAAUAAACAAUGUAACUUCAGACGAUUGGUCAGAAAAUAUGGAUGUGUGUGGACAGAAUAUAAAAUUCCAAUUAGACACAGGUGCACAGUGCAACAUAAUUCCGUACAACUUUGUCAACAAGAUAUCAAAAACCUGUGAAGUGAAACAACCACAAUCUACAUUGAGGUCAUACUCAGGACAUCAGAUAAAAUUUGAAGGUAAAAUAACAUUACCAUACACAGUGAAUGAUAAAAUUUAUCAUCAGACAUUUGAGGUUGUCCGAGGAAAUAAUAAAGCUAUAUUGGGAGCUCAAACCUGCUCAAAGAUGGGAUUAGUACACAGAAAACAACCGUCUCAGGUGAAUGAAAUCAGGGAAACGUCUAUCCCAGAUGAUAUUAAGCAUGAUUAUGGAGAUAUAUUCAAAGGUUUAUGGUGUAUGCCAGGCACUCACACAUUCAAGACCGAUAGUACCGUUACACCAGUUGUUGACGCGCCACGUAAAGUUCCGUUUGCACUCAAGGACAGAAUAAAAAAGGAGUUGGACCGUAUGGAACAGGAAGGUGUAAUCGUGAAACAGGAAGACCCUACACAAUGGGUUAAUUCUAUGGUGACUGUAGUAAAACCUAACGGAAAGAUACGGAUUUGUAUAGACCCAAAGAACUUAAACAGCGCCAUAUUGAGAGAACAUUUUCCGAUGAAAACUGUAGAGGAUGUUAUCGCGAACAUGCCUCAAGCCAAAGUGUUCACAAAACUCGAUGCUACUUCUGGUUUUUGGCAACUGAAACUUGAUGAGGAGAGUAGUAAACUUUGCACUUUCAACAGCCCAUUUGGGAGGUACAGUUUCAGAAGAUUACCAUUUGGUAUAAAAUCAGCGCCAGAAGUGUACCAGAGAGCCAUUUCAGAAAUGGUAAAUGACCUAGAAGGAUGUGAUGCAAUCGUCGAUGAUUUGUUGAUAUGGGGUGAAAACAUUGAACAACAUGAUGAACGUUUGAAAAAAGUUCUUAACCGAGUACGAGAAUACAAUUUGAAAUUGAGCCCAGAUAAGUGCCGAUUCCGUCAAACCGAGCUAAGUUACGUCGGACAUAAACUGACAGAUCGAGGUGUAAAACCAGAUGACGAGAAAGUCCGGGCGGUCAAAGAAAUGUGUCAACCUGAAAACAAGAAAGAACUUCAAACAUUCCUAGGAUUUGUUACAUAUCUUGGUAAAUUCCUACCUAACCUCUCGGAGGAAAGUUCACCACUUCGGAAACUACUAGUAAAAGACACCGAGUGGAUUUGGGAAAAGGAACAAGUGGAUAGUUUCCAGAGAUUGAAACAACUUGUGACUGAAGCACCAGUUCUCCGAUACUAUGAUCCAUGUAAAGAGAUAACGCUAACUGUUGAUGCUAGUUCUACAGGACUUGGAGCAGCAUUGAUCCAAGAUGGACAGCCGAUUGCCUAUGCCUCGCGUGCGUUAACAGAAACACAACAGAGGUACGCGCAAAUAGAAAAAGAAACAUUGGCAAUAGUAUUUGGAUGUACAAAAUAUCACCAAUUUAUAUUUGGUCGAGAGGUCACAAUCGAAUCGGAUCACAAACCGUUACAAGCGAUAUUCCGAAAACCACUCAACCGUGCUCCACCAAGACUACAGAGACUGUUGUUGACAUUACAGAAAUAUACUCUGAAUGUUGUGUAUAAGCCAGGGAAGACCAUGUAUCUUGCCGAUGCAUUGAGUCGGAGCUACCUAAAGGAGACCAGAGAGAACCUUGUUCCAGAUAUUGAUAUUGAAGUAAACCAGAUUGUGUCAUACUUACCAAUUUCACCAGAGAAAUAUCAAGAGUUCAAACGCGAGACCUCAAAAGAUGAAGCAUUGUCACAGCUCAGAGAAAUUAUCAUCAAUGGAUGGCCAGAGAACAAACAUGAAAUACCAGAGACAGCUCAUCAUUAUUGGCCAUUCAGAGACGAGCUAUCAUGUAUAGAUGGCCUACUGUUCAAGAGCCAUACUAUCAUUGUUCCCAAAACAUUACGUCGUGAAAUGCUCAAAACAAUCCAUAGUUCACACCUUGGAAUCGUAAAAUGCAAAUCGCGGGCACGCGAACUACUGUACUGGCCGGGGAUGAGUUCUGAAAUAGAGGACACAGUGUCAAAAUGUUCAACAUGUGCCACUAACUCUAGAAAAAAAUCCAAAGGAGCCAUUAAUAAUGACGGAAAAUCCGAACAGGCCAUGGUCUGUUAUUUCCGCUGA